AGUCGCUGUGCUGUUCCUUACUGCAAGGACCUAUGCAGCUUCAGCGCUAGCAAAAGACUGGACUGAUUGUACCCAUAAUAGCACCACAAAGUCGACACUGGAUCAAUUUUUCUCUACAUGCUAUUGCACCCGGGAUAAACAAUUAAGGAAUGUGGAAAUUACAGAAUGCCCACCAGCGCUGGAAAGAGAUUUAAACCCACCAAAUACAUCCCGGUGUCCACAGCUGCCACUCUGCUUGUGGGAUCGACGACUUUAUUUUUCGUUUUCACGUGCCCCUGGUUGGCCAAGGUGAUCUCCCCUCUCGUGCCUCUCUACAAUGGCCUCGUCUUCCUCUUCGUCUUGGCCAACUUCAGCAUGGCGACCUUCAUGGACCCUGGCGUCUACCCCAGAGCGGACGAGGAUGAAGACAAAGACGACGACUUCCGAGCACCUCUCUACAAGAAUGUGGAGAUCAAGGGCAUUCAGGUUCGGAUGAAGUGGUGCGCCACCUGUCACUUCUACAGGCCGCCUCGCUGCUCGCACUGCAGUGUCUGUGACAAUUGCGUGGAGGACUUUGACCAUCACUGUCCUUGGGUCAACAACUGCAUUGGACGUAGAAACUAUCGCUACUUCUUCCUCUUCCUGCUCUCUUUGAGCGUUCACAUGCUGGGAGUUUUCACCUUCGGCCUCAUUUUUGUGCUCCACCACCGGGAGAAGCUGGGAGCUCUGCACACCACCAUCACAUUGGUGGUGAUGUGUAUCGCAGGUCUUUUCUUUAUUCCCGUCAUGGGUCUCACGGGUUUCCACAUGGUGCUUGUGGCGCGAGGUCGAACCACAAAUGAACAAGUAACGGGCAAGUUUCGUGGAGGAGUAAAUCCCUUCACUAAAGGUUGCUGUGGCAACGUGGAGUAUGUCUUAUGUAGUCCUCUGGGGCCAAGGUACAUAUUUGACCCCCGAAAAAAGCCCCACAUCAAAAUUCAACCUCCGUUUAUCAGACCGGACCCCUCAGAGAGGCAAAUCACCAUCAAAGUCAAUGACAACGGCAUCCACGGCACCAUUAUCAGCUCCAAGUCCAAAAACAGCCUUGAUGGCCUGGAUGAAAAAGAAACUCAGCCGCCAUUGCCCCCGAAAGCCGACAGGUACAACCAGCUGAAAAAUCAUCUGACCUCCAGUGAGGAAAGCUCUCUGUCUGGUAAGACCCACCCCUCCACUCCGGCUAUGUACAAAUUCAGACCAUCCUUUGGCACCAUGCCGAAGGUCCACUAUCAUACGGCCGGGGACAAGAUUGUCAUGCCCGAUGACCAAACCUCCCAAGCCAUCUUGGAAGAGGGUGUUCGUGGUCACGACUAUCGAUCCGAGCCAAACUUAGAUCUGCCAGAAUACACUAAUGCACCCCUUCACCGCACUUUCAAGUCCUCGCCUUUCCAGCUGGACUCUGACCCGGUCAACUCUCGGACUCUUAGCCUGAAGCAGGCUCAGCAACGAUCAGAGAAAGGUCAUCUUGUAGGUCUGCAGCCCAAGACGGUCAACUCUACCCCGUACAAGAACAUCUUCUCUCCCAACACGCUCUCCAACCGUAACGGAAGCUUAUCCUAUGACAGCCUGCUGAACCCCAGUAGCACUCCACCCGCUGCCAGCGAGUGCUUGGCCCACCGCGGUAUGCCUCCAGUGGGGUUCCACUCGCCCUACCUGCCCACCAAAAUGUGCCACAUGCGGGAGCCUGAGAUGCAGAGACAACAGGUUGCCCCCACCUACAGUCCAGUUAUGUCAUCGAGGGGGGUGGGGCGUCAAUCACCUCACCUACGGGACAGGGACUCCUCCCCAGUGCGCUAUGACAACCUCUCCCAAACAAUCAUGGCCUCCAUCCAAGAGCGGAAGGAAAUGGAGGCGAGAGAGAAGCGACACAUGCUACACGGGCAUUCCCAGACACAUAUCUAUGCCCAGGACUCGGGUGUGUUUGAAGGCUCGGGGGGAUAUGGCCUUCCACCCAACCCCUGCUAUCCAGAUGGGCCUCACUGUGCCGGGUCCAGAGGCCCAACACCUCCGGUUUAUGGAGGCUCCAGGGACAAUCUGAUGGGGGUUGGCCCCAGCUACGGCCAGAGAACCCCUGUACUGUGCCAGACUGGCUCCACUCUGGGCCGAGCACCCAGGACUUCAUCCGGCUCUUUACACACAGAUCACAUUAGCAGCAACAACAACCACGGAAGGGUCUCAGGCCCAGAGGGCCUUUAUCGCUCCCCUGCCCACCACCCUCGCUCCCCUGCCAUGCCCCGAUCGCCCUCCUACUCCCACCAGAAACUCUCAUACAUGAGUGCCCAGGAGAGGAUGGACUCACCUCGCCUGGGCAGGGCAAGAGAGGCCAUGAAAGUUAAUGGCCAGAUGGAUUGCCACCCGAGUGCCAAGGGUGUCACAGCCAGUCCCAAUCGCCACGGUAACGUCAAAAAGGUGACAGGCGUGGGAGGCACCACCUAUGAGAUUUCGGUGUGAGCAGGGACACCGAAUCCACCUUCACUGACAAGAACCACAUUUAGGGUUUUUUUUUUUUUUUUGGUGAACUGUAGAAUACAAAACGAGUUUUGUUAUUUUUCAAUCACAGGAUCAGUCUGCUUGUGUGGUUUUCUUGGAUUCAAAAAGCUGCGUUGAGUCCAAUUAUCAGUGGGAGACCCGUCCGUGUUUGUGGUGGGGGUCCAUGUAUUGGUCAUUUCAUUGGACCAAAAGAUCAUAUUCUUAUGUGGCCUGGACCAAAUGUCCUAUACCGUACACAUUUUCGUUUCAGCCAGAACGCAGCUUAUCCUGAACAGGGUCGGCGGGAGGGCGGAGCUGGUGGAUCUUAUCCCAGCUGACUUCGGACGGAAGACAGACUAUACCCUGAACUGGAUGCCCGUCAGUCACAGGGCACAUAUAGAGAGAUAACCAUUCACGUAAUCACUGAGUUGGAACCGAUCCGUGCUGCCCACACACAAGGCAGUCGAGUGUACCAGUACACCAUCGGUGAGACUGAAAAAAAUGUCACUGGGGAAAAAAACCUAAACAUAACAAAACAUGAACACCUUCAGGGAAGGAAUCAUACUUUUCCAAGUGUGACACCCUGCCUUCUUGGAGAAGAAUUCAACAAAACGUGGUGCUUCAAAAUGCCAGGCCCCUGAAAGGAGACCUGCAUCUUCGGUCCACUUCCAAUUGAUUACUUUUUUUUUUUCCUACGAAUGGACGCAACCAGCACAGGUUUAAAUUGAUGUAAUGUCUCUUUCGGUGACUUAUAGGAGUUAAAGACAAGUACUUGACUCGCCUUCCAAUCGACACAAGAAGGUGCAGGGUUCUUCUGGACCAUCAGGUUACCUCAUACUUGACAAAUUUGAAAACCCAACAUUUGACGGUCAAACUUACUUAUUUUAAUUAGUGAUAUUUGUUUUCUGGUUCAGUGUUUACUUAUCAAUAGAGUCACGGGAAUGGGAAGAUGUUUAGAGAUACAGGCUGGUAGUUAACAUAUGACCCAUUCAUUUUUAGUAUGUAGUUUAAUACUGAAGACCCAACAUUUCAAAAAUGGCUUGAUUUUGUAGACUCUAUGCCCAACAUUUUUUUUUAAUGUGAUAAAAUUUUACAAUUCAGCCAGAAGGGCUUGUUGAGGGAACUGACCUGAUGUGUAGUGUUGCUUUUGUGUCAAACGUAACGUUUUGCAUUGAGCCCAAAAGUUAAAAUUUGGUCUCAUCUGACAUGAGCACCUUCUUCCUCAUGUUUGUUCAUUCAAGAAUCAUCAGAGAACUCCUGGAGUGAGUUGAGUGCACUGACAGUAAAGGCACCUAAUAUCGCACAGCCCAGGUUUUUCAUUUUCUUUUUUUUCUUAAAAUGUUUGAAACAUAUGAAUUUAAUCCCGCAUCACAAUUGUGUCCCACUUGCAAGCCACUGUGUUAUAGAGAAUACUCACACAGAACAUUGGUUUUAAAGAGUAUAAUGAAGUGUAUUAAAAGAUGAAACGCUUCAGUUGUCGCACGGCCCCAGACCACCUUGGAUUGGUAAAGUGCUAGUGGUCUCUUCCUCAAGAUUUCCUUUCAUGUUCAAUCGCCCGUGUCUUACCAUUUUAUUUUUGUCAUAUUUAGGCCAGUAAUGUUCUGUACGCAUGCAAUAGCUGUCUGGUACAGCAGCGUAUUGAACACAAAAGUCUGCUGUUAGAUGCUUUGUGAUUAGGGCUAACUGAAUUUGGUUAAAUAAUGACAGAUUUAACAAAUAUUUGGUUUGUUAAUACUCAGCCAUUGUUGCCUUGAAGUAAAGGGAUCUAAGGCCACACCAGGUACAGUGAUGCCAUAUAGCACAGCAUGUAAUUUACUGUAAAUCUGAAUUUAUCAAAUUGUCACAGGGGAGGAAAAGGAUUAUCUACAGAGUGGUAACAAACAAACGCAUUUGAGCUGCCCACAUGCAGCACUGGUGUCAUUCCUUUAUACUGCCAUUGGUCCAGCUGUAUUUCAGAAAAUGGACUUCAUGAUUAAAUGUCCCAAAAUGUUACCAGAAGUUAACAAUGAUCCUAAAUCCCAUCAACCUGGGUCUGAUUUACUUUUCAAAGCAUUUCAGUACUGAGUUCAUUGUAUUAAAAUAUAGACAAUGCUAUGGAUGUUCCUAUUUUUGUGAAGAAACCUGAGCAGUCAAUAAAGUGUCAAUUGAGCAAAUUAUACUUUUAAAAA